UGGGACAAUGGUCACUCUGAGCCACACCGAUCGACACUCACCGGUUACGAUAUUUUGAGUACAAGAUUCUAAAUUGCGGAUGAUUGAGAGGCGUUUUCAAUACCGUCGGUUUCAACCAAGCAACGAUGCAUCCAGCGUUGCAGCUCUCGCAUGGCAUCUCGUCCGAUAUCUUGCCUAGUGUCUAUAAUUGGUUGUUCAGUCACGACGUAUUCAAAAGAUGGUGUGAAGGGGACGGUGCCUGGCAGUUACACUGCAUCGGUGGUCCCGGUGUAGGCAAGACGACAUUGACAGCCUUGGUAGCUCAACAACUGGAAACUCACUUCCCCAACAAUGACCACUCAAUCACAACGAUCUUUGUUGACUAUGAUGUACCGGAUCACGAGAUCGAACUUAUCGAAGAUAUUUUAGUAGCACUAUAUCGUAACCUGGAAAACUCAACCCUACCUCAGGAUGAUGACUCAGAAGACCUCUAUGAGGAAUAUGCGCAAGAACGGUAUUCGAAUGCUGAAGGUAGCCGUAUUCGAGAUCGACUUAAACUCAUCCGAACUGCGCUUCACUCCCGCCUCGUCUCUCUCCAGAGUUGCCGAACCUUCUUGUUGAUAGAUGGCAUCGAUCGUUGUGGUCCAACUCUGCGCUAUAUGUUGGGAACAGAACUAUCUAAUAUCCGGGGUCUAGGAGUACACGUCUUCUCCACUUCACGUCUGGCUGUUUUUGAGCAACGAGAAGCUCGUUGCGAUCAUCGAGACCAUGGGCAGGCACCAGACGCCGACGUUCUUUCUCAAGCUGAUAGAGAGAUCUUGGACGUGUUUUUAGUCUGCCGCGCCUGUGACUCAGUUCUUUGUUUCGGAUGCGAGGCUGUCGAUAGACUCUGUGAAGACUGUGAUGACAACUCGCAGCUCUACGAACCUUACGAUCAUGUCAAUAUCAGAGUGUCAGUCCCAGACCCAAGCAUGAAGGAAUACAUCGCGUGGAACUUGGAGCGUGAGCAUGGUGAUCUUGGACUUGGAAGCUCCGCUCACAAGCCUCCUCUAUCCACGUUCGGGAAAUCUAUACGUUCAACGACAUCCAACUCAAUUCAGAAGCACGUUGAUAACGUUCUAGAUUACUCAUACGGACACAUUGGCUUGGCCAAAGCCAGACUCGACCUCAUACACGAAGCAGGGUCACUUGAUGGUCUAGAGAUGAGAAGAGACCAGCUGCCGGCAAACAUCGUCACCUUGUUCGAUCUGGGCCUCAAGCGGAUUGAAGCUCAAACUGCUACCCAACGGGAUGUUGCCGUGAAAGCAUUGGCUGCUGCAGCACGUUCCGACGACGGGAUAUCCAUACCCGAACUACGUGAGCUGCUUCACAUGUUAGGUACAGAAAGAACUCGCAGCGGUGAGGAAAUCGUGGAAGCAGCGCGUGGCUUUCUUCUUGCCACAACACGGGAUGAUCCACAGAGGCUUACCGUCUUCCAUCAGAGCUUCCUCUAUUAUGUCGAACAGAGAUAUCAUCGCGCGAUACACCGUGCAUCGAUGCAGGUCGAUGCCAGUGUUUUCUCAUCGCCAACCUCGCCUGCUCCAGAGAUUUCCGACGCUGCGAACAAGGUUCGGUUCGAGCCUCAGACUGUAUCCGAACAACCAACCAAGGUCACGCCUUACAAACUCUCCAGAACAACGACCAUCAUGCAGACGAUUGACGAGACCCCAGCUCGGGCCAUUAUAUUCCGUAAAGGCACCCAGGCAUGGCAAUGAUGAUAUGUCAGCAAGAGUGAGUGAACAAAUGAUCAUAAUUCGAUUUCGACGAAUUGUUUACACAGCGCGUUUGCUAUCUUCAGUGUUCUAAUCAGGAACAAU